AUGGCCGAGCUAGCGAUGCGGACGGCGGGGUUGCGGCGGCGGGUCUGGCUCGGCCUGAUGAGCGCGCGGCAGCCGUUGUCGACCUAAAGAUACUGCAGUGUGCUGCGUUUGUGUCAGGGGGCCUGACUCUCCCGUCACGUAGGCACGUUUUACCCCCGUGUAACACCAUUGAGUGCACUGGAGUCACACCAGCUUAACACUGGCGUAAGAGAGUGGUGAAGAAGGCCCCAGGAGUGAGUGUACUGUUACAGGCUGCUGAGCUCACUUUGGGCUAAUGGUGCACUAGUACUGAGGCUCCCCUACUACAAGCUGAAUUCACCAAAGAGCUGACCUGACUAAGAGCUGAAAUCACUGAGUGUUGUGUUAAGUAGUAGGGGAGCCUGAAGAUAUAUUGUGGAGAAGUUUGCGGGAUGGUUGGAGUGCCUUGUGGACAGGCUGGUGGAGCAGUUUUCAUAGGACGGCGGGAGCUGCUGGUGGGACGCGGAGCAGAGCAGUUCGUGGGACGGUGGGAGCUGCUUGUGGGCCACGGAGCGGAGUGAAGCAGUUUGUGGGGCGGCUGGUGGAGUGGAGUGGAGUGGAGCGGAGCGGAGCAGAGCGAAGGCCUAUGGAGCUGUGGGGCGGUCAGCUUCAGAUCAUGUAAGUCCAUCGUGCCUUGGGAAGACUUACCUUCAUCACACCAUCCAUUGCUGCCCAGUGGGACACUUACCUUGAAGGAUCCUGACAUCUCCAGUGCUGUGCCUGUUCUGGGAGCGUGAAUAUGUGAGUGUGACACACACACCCCCGCCCUUUUCUUUUGAGUUUAGCUAUCAGAAUAAUAAACAUGCUGCUUUCUGCCAAACUCUGGCCGCCUGGGGUGUUGUUAGAAUGGCCCCAAAAGAAAGGGGCAGACCCCUGGAUGCCAGGGGCAGUUCCACCUGGGAAUACAAUUCCUGAACUAGAGCUCAUGUUGGAUCAAUAUGCACUUAUAAACAGUCCCAAUAAGGUGGGACUGGAUCUUGCAGCUGCCUGGCUCCUGUGGCAAGCAGGCUGGCAAUGGCAGGCAGCAAAGAGUCAGCUCGCCAUUGAAAUAGAUUCACUCAAGGACCAAUGUAAUGAGUUGGAGAAGGAACGGGAUAUGUGGAAGGCGCAGACUUUGACUGCUAGCGCCCAGGCUUCUUCCCUCUCUGUGGCAGCAGUACAGGCAGCCACAGCAGAGGAGGAGAGGCAGCGGGUGGAAACAGAGAAUGCCACUCUGAGCCAGGCAGUUACCUGCCUGAAGGAUCUGGUCCUGGAGGGGUCCGCCUGGGAGAACAGGGUCCGUGGGGCUUAUUCAGCCUGGGUUGCUGCCAUUGGGGUGAAAGCCCAGGGGGAUGCAGGACCAUAUGAUGAUUGGGACAGGGAUAUCUGGUUUGAUCUGGAUCCCCUGGAUCCGGACCCCAGAUGGCCAAACCCCAGACACCAUGUUGCAGCAGUCCAGAGGGUGGUCCAAAACUAUGGGCCUGCACCCGCAGGAAGAAAGGCAGCUCCAAGUACUGGACACACUGUGGCAGAGACCAAGUUGACUCUCAAGCAAGCAAUAGAGUUAGCAAAAACCCCGGAGGGAAAAUGGGUACACCACGGACAACUCAAAGAUCAGGGUCUGCCGCGGCGGGAGCACUGUUCUAAUUUGUUUCUGAGCUUCUAUCUUUCAGCCUCCAAACUGGAACAUCAGGAGAGCUGGUACCAGCUGACGAGUUAUAGAAAUACCAUGGUUAUAGUGUUGCGGCAAAGUCUGUAUUGCAUGUUCUGUGUCUGUCUCUGGUGGGUGUCUUGUGCUAGCAUUGGGCCCAGAGAGAGAGGGGAUACUACACUAGACAGGAUAAAUGCAUUUUCCUCUCUCUGCUUCCCCCAUCUCCAACCAAAUUAUCACUCACAUCCACCUCUGUCCAAAAGACUUUGGUCCCCAAUACAUCAGGUUUAUUUUUUGUUAGAUUCUCUAAUAAUCAUUUUGCUGUUAAGUUUUGUUAUUGAUACAUUUGUAUUGUUAGUUACAUUUUCUUGUAUUGUUAAUUCCACUUUCCAACUGUGGUACUCCUACAAAUCUUAUUUGUUGUGUGUACUUAAGGGUUAGGGUUGACUUUUAUUGUUUGAUGGCUAUUGCAGCAUUAAACUUGGGCCUCGUUUUGUUUGUCAAUGUACCCAAUUACUGUAAUGAUGAUGGUUUUAUUGUAUUCCCAAUUAUUAUAAUUGUGAUUGUUUGCAUUUGUGUUUAUAUUAUAUCUGGUGUUUAGUCAAUUGUAAUGAUUUUAGAUAUAUUGACCUAGUUAUGAUUGUUUGGUCUGUUUGCAACAGAUCACCUGUGCCCUACAAGGACAACAACUACUGUAAUGAUCAUAGAUCAAGGGGCAGAGUGUUGUAGGAGCAGCAGUGAUCUGUAUGCUCUGUAUGACUACGCUAUGUAUAACCUCUAUGCUCAAAAGGUCUGUUACACUUCCUCCCUCCCUCCCCCCCUUCCCCGGUUUUGUCUCCUCUCCCUCUUUGAAUACCUGUGAAGUGGCUUUCCCCCUCCCACUCCCUCCUGGAAUGCUUGUGGGAUGAAUGGGCUGCUUCAGAAGAGCUCCAAGGUAGACAAAGUGUCUGGGACUCUAAUUAGGCAGCGAUCACACACCCAAUGCAUGGACACUGGCUGGACACUGCCUGAGGUGGAGUGUGACCAACCAGAUGCGGCCAAGUCAUCUCUAGUCGCAGGCCAUGAGGAGCAGGUCCUUAAAUGGGGAAGGUGCCAUGUGCUCAAGUGUGCACUCAUAAGCGUGUACCGCUGCGUUGCAUUCCAUCGUGCCUUGGGAAGACUUAUCUUCAUCACACCAUCCAUUGCUGCACUGUGGGACACUUACCUUGAAAGAUCCUGGCAUCUCCAAUGCCGUGCCUGUCCUGGGAGCGUGAGUAUGUGAGUGUGAGUAUGACUCCCCCCCUCCUUUUCUUUUGAGCUUAGCUAUCAGAAUAAUAAACAUGCUGCUUUCUGCCAAA